AUGGGCACAUCCGCACAUAUAUGUAUAUAUCUUGGGCCAAGUAGUUGUUGUUACUUGGCUGUAGAGGAAUCGAGAUUAGACCCGUGGACUUGGAAGUCUAUUCUUAAGCUUAGACCUUUGGCGGAAAGUUUCCUUAGAUGCGAUGUUGGAAAUGGAAGGCGUGCUAGUUUCUGGUUUGAUCUUUGGACUCCUUUUGGGCCACUCAUCAGGUUCUUUGGAGAGGGAGGACCUUCCAGUCUUCGUAUUCCCAUUGAUGCAAAGGUUGUGGAUGCUUGUACUGACACAGGAUGGGCGCUUCCUUCACCAAGAUCUGAGGCUGCUCUGACUCUACAAAUACAUCUUACCACAACCCAGCUUCCUAGUAUAUCUUCUCGGGAAGACUCUUAUGUCUGGUUUGUUGAUUGCGUGAAGUGUAGGGGAUUCUCUUCGGCCAAAACUUGGGAUGAUUUAGACCUCGCGAUACGGUCAAGUUGUGGUCUGGGUCUGUUUGGUUUAAAGGAGCUACUCCUAAGCUGGCUUUCACGAUGCGGAUUGCUCAGCUUGAUCGGCUGCCAACAAGAGUUCGAUUAG